UGAGUCACCAAGCUGUUCAUGUGAGAUAGCAUGCCGAUCUGCACCAGACGUCUCCCGGCGACACCAUAUCCGGAUCACGUAUCUUUGGCAUCCAUCGUUUGUAUCUUGAUCUAGAGCGAGCGCUGUGGGCUCUGGUAACCCCGCCCCGGUCCCUCUGUAUAACCCCCAGGUCAGUCGGCGCUGGUUUCUGGUGACCCGGUCCCUCCGUGUAUAUUGUACCUAUAACCCUCAGGUCAGUCGGCGCUGGUUUCUGGUGACCUCGGUCCCUCUGUAUAACCCUCAGGUCAGUCGGCGCUGGUCCCCCUCCUGCUGAUCGCCGCUCUGGUGACCUCAGUGAGCGCCAAACCGGUCAAACGAAGCUGGCGAGACCCGUGUAACCUGGAGGCGGCGGCGGCGGCAGCCUCCGGCGGGAAGGCCACCGCCGAGACCAAACUGCUCGACCAAAUCAUCAGCGUCAUCGACGUCAUCCGACCUAAGGUCAACCGGCUAAUGAACAAAUUCCUGGAGCAGACGUACCCGGCCAAGGACGAAGCGGAGAUGCUGCGCGACUGGGGCCAGCACAACGUCACCUGGCUCGAGUUUGUUCGGGAGACGAUGGCGGCGCACGCGGCGCAGCAGUCGCCGCUGUCGGCGGCCGGCGCGCUGCCGCGCCUGUUCGCCGACCUGCAGCGGCUGGCCGUCGGUCUGGAGCGAGCUGCGCUGGAGGCGGCGCUCACCGGCAACGGCAGCGGCCUGGAGCUGUUCCGCGCCGUCCAGGCCGGACUCAUGCAGCUGCUGUGUGAGCUGCAGCUGGCGCUCCUCGAGAAGCAGCUGGAGGCGGACGCGGCGCGCGUCACCGACAUCCUCGAGCACGACGGCCCCGACCUGGACGAGACGCGCGAGAGGGACCUGCGCAACUGGGUGCUCAUGCGCGAGUACAAGGCUUACAUCGGGCACGUGCACACGGUGGUGCGCGCACUUCGAGAACAGUCGGCCGCCGACUAGCGGCGACGGCUGGGGGCCCGGCGGGGGCCGAGGGGUGGUGACGCCGCUCUCCGGCGACCGCAGCGGCGCGCCGGCACCCCGGCCGCGCCGCAGCACCGGGUAUUAGACGAGCCAAUGAACGACGGCGCCCGUCGGACGUCGACAAGGCCAGGGGCCCCGGCGGAGCGGCCAAAACCGCCCUCUACGGAAUGUCAAGGCGUCAAAAGUCGCCGGCCUGAUGGUAACGGCCUCAUCACGAGUUCGGCAGGAUUUAUCGGUGUUCAGCAAACACCUUGCCUGGGAGGACCUUAGUCGCUAAGGCGCUCUUCACGGCAGUGAGACACGUGCCAUCGAACUAUUGCAAUGUGUUUGUCACUCUUCUGUGACCACAUCAAGCAAGGGAAGUUGAGCGCAGAGUCCGACGCGCUACAUGAUUAUGUACCUGAUUGAACUGUGUCAUGCAGCUAUUUGCAGCUGUUAACUAGUAAGUAACGUUGGCUGACUAAACGCUGACCGUUUCCAGCAAGCUCGAUUACUUUCGGUGUUUGGUUUACGGCAAUACCGGCUACACAGGGCGUGCUUCAUGUCUAUCGGAGGGAGAAAAAUGUUAUUUUCCUAGAUUCAAGCGAUAGCACCCACGGAGAAGGCAGGCCAAAAUUGUCCACAUAAGGGACGUGGGUGGCGCUUGAAGUUAACAGGCGCAAUUCAACCAUAUUUGCGUCUGAAGCGAUAAUUGCAGAAUGCAGAUUGUUUCAAUGGCGACACGUCAUCGAGAUCUGUGUUCAUUUUAUACGACUCGCGAGGCAGUUGCGGCUUCCCUGACAAGCUGUGAAUGUCGGUACGAAACACUAGCACGCCGAGAUCUUGACAGUGAGCUGUGAGCGAUCUUACCGUUCAGCCACUGUGCAUUCCUAAAUAUGUGAUACUUGUGUAAGAAUAGUUUUUUAUAUGACUGCUCUUUUGUGAAUAGCGCGAGCAUGUAUAUUGCAAACGAUUAUCGUAUUAUUGCGUUACCUUUCUGUAUCAUUUUUGGAAAAUGUGCUGAGUUUUUAGCUGACACUUAUACCGAGUGUUGUCUCACGCUGCUGUGUACCGAUGUGCUGAAUACAAUUCAAGGUAACAGCUGUGGAUUUAGCGACAAUAAAUGUCGUGGAAAAUAAA